AUGUACAAGGCAGUUAUCCUGCCGACGCUAAUGUACGGAGCAGAGACCUGGACGGUGUACACGAGGCAGGCACGCCGUCUGAACCACUUCCACCUCAGUUGUCUUCGUCGCAUCCUGCGGCUGAAUUGGCAGGAUCGCAUCCCCGACACUGAUGUGCUGGAACGAACGGGAAUGCUCAGCAUCUACUCCAUGUUGAGACAAAUGCAGCUGCGCUGGAGCGGCCACUUGGUGCGCAUGGACGACGAGCGACUACCAAACGACUCUUCUACGGAGACGUCGCGACGGGUUCUCGGCGUCAAGGAGGCCCAAUUCGUCAAUACAAGGAUACCCUGA